AUGAAGUUGAAGCGUAGGAGGGCACUUGAAGUGCCUCCAAAGAUUAAAUCCUUCAUCAGCAGUGUUACGGCUACCCCACUUGAAAAUAUAGAAGAACCCUUAAAAACUUUUGUUUGGGAGUUUGACAAGGGAGAUUUCCAUCAUUGGGUUGAUUUAUUUAAUCACUUUGAUACCUUUUUUGAGAAAUACGUAAAAUCAAGAAAAGAUUUGCAACUUGAGGACAACCUUUUGGAAUCUGAUCCUCCCUUCCCGAGGGAUUCUGUUCUUCAGAUUCUCCGCGUCAUUAGAAUAAUAUUAGAGAACUGCAGCAAUAAGCACUUCUACAGCUCAUAUGAGCAUCACUUAUCGUCUCUGCUUGCUUCAACUGAUGUGGAUGUUGUCGGGGCAUGCCUGCAGACUUUGGCUGCUUUUUUGAAGAAGACCAUUGGAAAGUACAUUAUAAGAGACGCAUUUCUAAAUUCAAGAUUACUUGCUUUUGCACAGGGUUGGGGGGGAAAAGAAGAAGGUCUUGGAUUAAUUUCUUGUGUGAUACCAAAUGGAAUUGACCCAAUUGCGUACCAGUUGGCUUGCACCCUGCAUUUUGAGUUUUAUGCAGUGGAUGAAUCUUCGAGUGACACUAUUUCAACAGAACAUCCCACCAAAGGCUUACAAAUCAUACAUUUGCCUGACGUUAACACCAAACUAGAGUCUGAUCUUGAACUUUUGAAUAAUUUAGUUGUAGAAUAUAAAGUUCCUCAAAGUUUGAGAUUUUCUCUUUUGACAAGAUUGCGAUUUGCUAGGGGAUUUAGCUCCCUUGCUUCACGGCAACAGUACACAUGCAUCCGCCUGUAUGCUUUUAUAGUUCUUGUUCAAGCUUGUGGUGACACUGAUGACCUGGUUUCUUUUUUCAACACCGAGCCAGAGUUCAUCAAUGAAUUGGUUGCCUUGUUGAGCUAUGAAGACACAGUUCCUGAAAAAAUUCGAAUUUUGAGUCUUCUUUCCUUGGUUACCCUUUGUCAAGAUAGGUCACGCCAGCCUACUGUAUUGACUGCUGUAACAUCUGGAGGGCACCGUGGUAUUCUAUCCAGCCUCAUGCAAAAAGUUAUUGACUCAGUUGUUAGUAAUUCAUCAAAGUGGUCUGUUGUUUUUGCCGAGGCUCUGUUAUCUCUUGUUACUGUUUUGGUGUCGUCUUCAUCUGGUUGCUCAGCUAUGCGUGAAGCAGGAUUUAUACCAACUCUUCUUCCUCUACUCAAAGAUACUGAUCCACAGCACUUGCAUUUGGUUAGCACGGCUGUACAUGUUCUUGAAGCAUUUAUGGAUUAUAGUAAUCCAGCCGCUGCGCUUUUCAGAGACUUGGGAGGUUUAGAUGAUACAAUAUCACGCUUAAAGGUAGAAGUGUCUCAUGUUGACAAUGCUUCAAAUCCUCAGAGUACUUCUGUUGACCUAGACAGUUUGGACUGUACUGGUUCUCUAGUAGUUACAGAUACUUCUCCUGAGCUAGAUAGUUUGCAGCCUCUUUAUUCAGAAGCCCUGGUUGCAUAUCAUCGCCGAUCAUUGAUGAAAGCCUUACUUCGUGCUAUAUCUUUGGGAACCUAUGCUCCUGGAACCACUGCUCGUAUUUAUGGUUCAGAAGAAAGCUUGUUGCCCCAUUGCUUAUGUAUUAUUUUUAAAAGAGCCAAAGAUUUUGGUGGUGGGGUAUUUUCACUUGCAGCAACUGUUAUGAGUGAUCUCAUUCACAAAGAUCCUACCUGCUUUUCUGUCUUAGAAGCAGCUGGUAUUCCUUCUGCGUUUAUGGAUGCUAUAAUGGAUGGUGUUCUUUGUUCCGCUGAAGCUAUUGCUUGCAUACCACAGUGUCUUGAUGCCUUGUGUUUGAACAACAAUGGGCUACAGGCCGUGAAAGAUCACAAUGCUUUGAGGUGCUUUGUGAAAGUUUUUACUUCCAAAACAUACUUGCGUGCCCUUACUGGUGAUACUCCGGGUUCCUUGUCCAGUGGUCUGGAUGAACUAAUGCGUCAUGCUUCAUCAUUACGGGAACCAGGAGUUGAUAUGCUGAUUGAAAUUCUGAACAGUAUUGCAAAAAUUGGAUCUGGACUUGAAUCUACAUCUCUGUCAACAGAUCAUCCAAGCUGCUCUCAACCUGUUCCCAUGGAAACUGAAGCUGAGAAUAGAGAUAUUGUUUCUUCAGAUGACAGAGAUUCAUGCAGGGCUGAAAGUUGUGAACAGUCACUUGAAUCAUCUUCUGAUGCCUCGCUAUCGAAUGUGGAAUCUUUUUUACCUGAUUGUAUAAGCAACGUUGCUCGUCUACUUGAAACAAUUCUUCAGAACUCGGAUACAUGCCGAAUUUUUGUCGAGAAGAAGGGAGUUGAAUGUGUUCUCCAGUUGUUCACUUUGCCUCUUUUGCCUCUUUCAAUUGCUCUUGGUCAAAGUAUAUCUGUUGCAUUUAAGAACUUCUCUCCUCAGCAUUCUGCUUCGCUUGCUCAGGCAGUUUGUGCCUUCCUGAGAGAACAUUCAAAGUCAAUAAAUGAACUUUUGACUUCAGUCGGAGGGUCCCAGCUAGCUCAGGUGGAAGUUUCCAAGAGAAUGAAGGUCUUGAGGUGCCUCUCUAGUUUGGAAGGCAUACUGUCUCUUUCCAAUUCUUUGUUGAAAGGGACCACUACGGUUGUCUCUGAAUUGGGUUCUGCAGAUUCUGAUGUAUUGAAGGAUCUAGGGAGGGCUUACAGGGAAAUUCUAUGGCAAAUUUCUUUGUGCUUUGAUUGUAAGGUGGAUGAGAAGCAGAAUGUUGAAGCAGAGCCUGGAAGUGCGGAUACAGGUGUAUCUAAUGUGUCUGAAAGGGAGAGUGAUGAUUCUGUUAAUAUUCCUUCCGUUAGAUACAUGAAUCCUGUUUCAAUCAGGAAUAGUUCUCUCUCACAAUGGGGAGUGGAACGUGAGUUUCUAUCAGUGGUUCGUUCAAGUGAUGGUUUCAGUCGUCGCAAUCGACAUAGUUUGGCACGUCUUCGGGGUGGAAGGGCUGGCAGGCAUUUGGAAGCUUUCCAUAUUGAUUCUGAAGCUUCAGCAAAUAAUGCAGAGACGACUCCUCAGAAUUUGAAGAAGAAGAGUCCUGAUGUGCUGGUUUUAGACAUCUUUAAUAAACUUGCUUCUACACUGCGUUCUUUCUUCACAGCUCUUGUCAAAGGUUUUACUUCACCAAAUCGUCGAAGAACUGAAACUGGAUCCUUGAGUUCAGCUUCAAAGAGCAUUGCGACUGCCCUGGCAAAGGUUUUUCUUGACGCUCUGGGUUUCCCUGGACAUGAGAUAUCACUUUCAGUCAAGUGUCGAUAUCUCGGGAAGGUUGUGGAUGACAUGGUGGCUCUUACAUUUGAUAGUAGAAGACGUACCUGCUACAAUGCAAUGAUUAAUAACUUCUAUGUCCACGGAACCUUUAAAGAGCUCCUUACCACAUUUGAGGCUACAAGUCAGUUGUUAUGGACCCCUCCUUGUUCUAUAUCCUCGCCAGGUGCUGAUCAGGAAAAGAAUGGUGACGGGGGCAAGCUGUCUCACAGUUCAUGGCUGCUCGAUACAUUACAGAGUUAUUGUCGUGAACUUGAGUAUUUUAUUAAUUCUGGGUUACUUCUGUCGUCAACCUCGGCGUUGCAGGCUCAGCUUCUUGUUCAGCCUGUUGCAGUUGGUUUGUCUAUUGGGUUAUUUCCUGUUCCAAGAGACCCAGAAGCAUUCAUCCGCAUGCUGCAGGCACAAGUUCUGGAUGUGAUACUUCCAGUUUGGAAUCACCCCAUGUUUCCCAAUUGUAACCCAGGUUUUAUCACUUCCAUCAUCACACUUUUUACUCAUGUGUACAGUGGCGUUAGUGACAUGAAACGAAAUCGCAAUGCAUUGUCUGGGAAUGGAAACCAACGACUCAUGCCCCAUCCUCCUGACGAAGCUACUAUCACCACCAUUGUUGAGAUGGGUUUUUCUAGAGCAAGAGCGGAAGAGGCGCUGAGACGCGUAGAAACAAAUAGUGUUGAGAUGGCGAUGGAAUGGUUAUUUAAUCAUGCGGAAGAUCCAGUACAGGAUGAUGAUGAGUUGGCUCGUGCACUUGCUUUGUCCCUUGGAAGCUCAUCAGAAACACCUAAAGUUGAUGGUGCUUUAAAAUCAUUGGAGGUCUUGACACAAGAGGGACAAACAAAGGCUCCUCCUGUUGAUGACAUACUUGCAGUGGCAAUGAAGUUGUUUCGAAGUAGUGAUUCAAUGGCUUUCACGCUGACAGAUCUGCUUGUGACUCUUUGCAGCCGGAACAAAGGCGAGGAUCGUGCAAAAGUAAUUUCUUUUCUUGUUCAGCAGCUAAAACUUUGCCUCCUUGAGUUUUCUAAGGAUGACAGUGUAUUGUGUAUGAUCUCGCAUACUUUAGCAUUGCUUCUAUCAGAAGAUGGAAGUGCUCCAGAAAUUGCUGCAGAAAAUGGGGUUGUCUCGAUUGCAAUUGAUAUCUUGAUGAAUUUUAUGGCUAAAACUGAGACUUCAAUUGAAACCCCCUUCCCUAAAUGCAUCAGUGCAUUACUUCUUAUCUUGGAUAAUUUGGUGCAGCCCAGGCCUAUAAUUUCUGUUGACAGUAAUGUUGGAACAGUAGGUAGAUCUAUACAUGGCUCAUCUGAAAAUCAUACUUCAUCUGAACCAGUAACAGAGAAAAGUUUAACUCCAGUCGCCGUUGAUAAAGAAUCAGUCCCUGCUUUUGAGAACAUACUUGGAAAAUCGACUGGUCAGUUGACGAUGGAGGAGAGUCGUAAGGUAAUGUCAAUUGUGUGUGACUUGAUAAAAAGGCAUGUACCACCUAUGGCUAUGCAGGCUGUUCUUCAGAUAUGCGCUCGAUUGACAAAAUCACAUGCUCUGGCUGUGCAAUUCCUUGAAAGUGGCGGCAUGACUUCCCUUUUUGGUAUUCCAAGAAGUUGCUUCUUUCCUGGAUAUGACACCUUGGCGUCAGCUAUUGUUCGGCAUCUUCUUGAAGAUCCCCAGACAUUGCAAUCAGCCAUGGAAUUGGAGAUACGACAAACUCUGAGUGGAAACCGUCAUUCUGGUCGUAUUUCUGUGAGAACGUUUUUGACAUCAAUGGCACCUGUUAUAUCUAGAGAUCCAGAGGUCUUCAUGAAAGCAGUAGCUUCUGUUUGUCAGUUGGAGUCAUCAGGAGGAAGACAUAUUGUUGUGUUAUCAAAAGAUAAAGAGAAGGAGAAAGAAAAAUCGAAAGCAUCUGGUGUUGAAGCAUCAGUAGCUACCAAUGAAUGUGUUAGGAUUUCUGAAAGUAAGACACAUGAUGGGUCCAUUAAGUAUUCCAAAGGCCACAAAAAGGUUUCAAUGAAUCUUACUCAGGUGAUCGAUUACCUUCUUGAAAUUGUAUCGACAUUUCCUACAUACAAAGUAGAGGAAGGUUGUACAGGUUAUCCAAGUGCCAUGGUUGUAGAUGAACCUACUACCAAAAUGAAGGGUAAAUCAAAGGUUGAUGACACAAUACCGAUGGGUUCAGACAGUAUAUCGGAAAAAUCAGCAGCCCUAGCUAAGGUGACUUUUGUUCUCAAGUUAUUGAGUGAUAUUCUUCUGAUGUAUGUUCACGCAGUCGGGGUUAUCCUAAGACGAGAUCUGGAAAUGUGUCAACUCCGUGGGUCUAGUCAUUUAGACUGCCCGGGACAUGGGGGAAUUGUUCAUCAUGUUUUACACAGUCUUAUUCCCCUUUCGGCAGAUAAAUCUGCUGGCCCUGAUGAUUGGAGAGACAAGCUAUCUGAAAAAGCUUCGUGGUUUCUGGUAGUCUUGGCUGGGCGCUCAAGUGAAGGAAGGAGAAGGGUGGUUAAUGAACUUGUGAAAGCCUUAUCUUUAUUUUCAAAUGCCAAAAGUAAUUCAUCAAAUACGAUUUUGUUACCAGAUAAAAAAGUCCUUGCUUUUGUUGAUUUGGUAUAUUCCAUUUUAUCCAAGAAUUUUUCUUCUGGCAACUCACCUGGUUCAGGUUGUUCUCCUGACAUAGCAAAAAGCAUGAUAGAUGGAGGAAUGGUGCAGUGCCUAUCAGGUAUUCUUCAGGUAAUUGAUUUGGACCAUCCUGAUGCACCGAAAAUUGUGAAUCUCAUACUUAAAGCUUUGGAAAGUUUGACAAGGGCAGCCAAUGCUAGUGAGCAAAUUUUCAAAUCUGAUACACAGAAUAAGAAAAAAUUAACAGGUCCAAGUGGAAGGUCUGAUGCGCAGACUGCUGACACUUCAGUUUCUCAGGAAUUACAAUGUAGUGAGAACAGGAGCGGUGAACAGGUGGUCACUGAUAAUACUGGUUCAGAAGCGCAUCCAUUGGAUGACUCUCAGAAUGAAAGUGAUCAUGCAAAUCCAACCCAGUGCAUGGAGCAAGAAAUGAGGAUUGAGGAGGCUCCUGUUACUGAUCCACCUGUGGAUAUUGGGAUGGAUUACAUGCGCGACGAGAUGGAAGACAGUGGCGCUUUAUCCAACAGAGAACAAAUUGAGAUGAAUUUUCAUGUGGAUAAUAGAGUAGAAGAAGAUAUGAAUGAUGAAGAUGAUGACAUGGGUGAUGAUGGUGAGGAAGAUGACGAUGAUGACGAUGGGGAGGAUGAAGAUGAAGAUAUAGCUGAUGAUGGCACUGCUCUAAUGUCUCUGGCCGAUACCGAUGUGGAGGACCAUGAUGAUGCCGCCUUGGGAGAUGAGUAUAAUGAUGACAUGGUUGAUGAAGAAGAUGAUGAUUUCCAUGAAAAUCGUGUUAUUGAGGUACGGUGGAGAGAAGCCCUUGAUGGUUUAGAUCAUUUGCAGGUAUUUGGACAACCUGGAACUGUGGGAGGGCUAAUUGAUGUUUCAGCUGAACCUUUUGAAGGGGUGAAUGUUGACGAUUUCUUUGGCAUUCGGAGGUCUUUUGGCUUUGAGCGUCGACGCCAGACUAAUAGAACUUCCUAUGAGCGACCAGUUACAGAAGGAAAUGGUCUUCAACAUCCUCUUCUCUCGAGGCCAUCACAUUCUGGUGAUUUAGGUUCAAUGUGGUCGUCUGGUGGGAAUUCAUCCAGGAAUUCAGAGGCCCUAUCAGGUAACCUUGAUGUUUCCCAUUUCUACAUGUUCGAUGCUCCUGUUCUUCCUUAUGAUAAUGCUGCAUCUAGAAUAUUUGGUGAUCGGCUGGGUGGUGCAGCACCACCGCCACUGGCUGAUUUUUCUGUUGGUUUAGAGUCAUUGCGGGUUUCUGGUCGAAGGGGGCCAGGUGAUGGCCGGUGGAGUGAUGAUGGCCAACCCCAAGCUGGUGGUCAAGCUGCUGUAAUUGCUCAGGCAGUCGAAGAACAAUUCAUCGUUCAAUUAACAAAUGAUUCUCCCACUGAAAAUCCUGCUGAAGAGCAGUCACAUAACCCGGGAUUAUCAGAGAGGCUGCAAGAACAUUUCCCGGCCCUAGUGGGUGACGACACUGGUGCUCAACUGAAUAGUGAUAGUCAUGAUAAUGGUAAUCAAGUUAAUCAACUAGAUGUAAGGCAGCUCUCUCAGGAAGAGAUCAAUCCAGUGGUUGCUUCUGAACAAGCAGGUGAAUUUGCACAAGGGAUUGAGCCUAUGUCCAAUCUGAAUGGUCAUGCUAGCAUGGAAGUUGGGAAUGGAAAUGCCAAUGUCAGCGAGCACUUGGAGACAUCACAUGGUUUGGUUGCUCAGCCAGAAGUGCUCUGUGGUAGGAGUGUUGAUGUACGUGUGAAUCCUCAUAAUGUACCACAUCAAGACGAUGGUUAUACAAGAUCCUCAGAACUAGAUAAUCAGUCUAGUUGCGAUGCAUUAAUGAUUUCUGGAUCAGAGAUGUCAGAUCCUGGUGUUCAUCAUGCUUCUUCGGUUCCAGAAAGUACCGACGUCGAUAUGAAUAGUGCUGACGCGGAAAGAGAUCAGACUGACCAACAAUUACCUAUGUCUGAGUUCAAUCUAGAGGAGCCGUCAUUACAGCAGGACAACCUCGUCCAAGAUGCAGGUCAGACAGAUGAAAGUAGUUUGAAUAAUGAGGCUCCUAAUGCAAAUGGUAUAGAUCCAACAUUUUUGGAGGCACUUCCAGAAGAUCUUCGUGCAGAGGUUCUUGCUUCGCAGCAAGCUCAGUCUGCUCCAGCUCCUACAUUCACACCACCUGCAGUUGAAGAUAUUGAUCCAGAGUUUUUGGCAGCCCUUCCUCCUGAUAUCCAAGCUGAAGUUCUUGCCCAACAACGUGCUCAAAGGAUUGUGCAUCAAUCAGAAGGACAGCCAGUUGACAUGGAUAAUGCAUCAAUUAUUGCCACUUUUCCUGCUGAUCUACGUGAAGAGGUGCUCUUGACGUCUUCAGAGGCAGUGUUAUCAGCAUUGCCAUCUCCAUUGCUUGCGGAAGCACAGAUGCUUAGGGACAGAGCAAUGAGUCAUUAUCAUGCUCACAGCUUGUUUGGAGGUAGCCAUAGGCUUACUAGUCGGAGAAAUGGUUUGGGAUUUGAUAGGCAGACAGUGAUGGACAGGGGCGUUGGAGUUUCCAUCAGCAGGAGGGCAUCAGCUCUUGCAGAGAACUUGAAGUUGAAGGAACUUGAAGGAGAACCAUUUUUGGAUGCUAAUGGGUUGAAAGGAUUAAUCCGGCUUUUACGCUUAGCACAGCCUCUGGGUAAAGGUCUAUUGCAGAGACUACUGUUGAACUUGUGUGCACACGGGGAUACAAGAGCAAUUCUGGUUCAUCUUCUGCUUGGUAUGAUAAAGCCAGAGGCUGCAGGAAUGGUUGGCGGUUUGACAGGAUUUAAUUUUCAGAGGCUUUAUGGAUGUCAGUCAGAUGUUAUUUAUAGUCGAUCUCAAUUAUGUGGUGGUCUUCCUCCACUGGUGUUGCGGCGGGUACUCGAGAUUCUUGCGUAUCUGGCUACUAAUCAUUCUGCUGUUGCUAGCCUUUUGUUCUACUUCGACCACUCUGUUGUUUCUGAGUCUGCAAAUAUAAACAGUUCGGAAUUUAACAAUGAUAAAGGUAAGGGAAAAAUCAUAGAAGAAGAUCGUCUGAACUCUUCUGCAAGCACUCAAGAGGGAAAUGUGCCGUUGAUACUGUUUCUUAGACUCUUGAGUCAACCACUUUUCUUGCGCAGUAUUGCACAUCUUGAGCAGGUCAUGGGUCUGCUUCAAGUGGUUGUAUAUGCAGCGGCAUCCAAGUUAGAUUUGCAGUCUCAUUCUGAAGAAACAGAAACUCCGAAUGAGAAUCCUCCCUCCAAUGAAAUUGCAACUGAUGUACAGAAAGAUCCUCAUUUAUCUGAGACAGAGAUUAAUCGACUUGACAAAAGUUCUGGCAGUUCAAAAACCACGUCAGAUGGUCAGAGAAACUUGAAGACUGUUGAUAUCUUCUUACUGCUGCCGCAAUCUGAUUUGCAUAAUCUUUGCAGUCUUCUUGGCCAUGAGGGGCUUUCCGACAAAGUUUACAUGCUUGCUGGCGAGGUACUAAGGAAGUUGGCUACUGUUGCUGCCCCUCACCGCAAAUUUUUCAUUUCGGAGCUUUCAGAUUUAGCCCAAAAGUUGAGCAGCUCAGCUGUUGAUGAGCUUGUAACGCUUAGGGAUACACACAUGCUAGGCUUGAGUGCUGGAUCUAUGGCUGGGGCUGCAGUUCUUCGUGUUUUGCAGACACUAAGUUCACUCACUUCAACCGGCACUGACAGUAAUAAGAAUGAAGGGGAUGAUGAGGAACGGGAAGAACACGCUAUCCUGUGGAAGUUGAAUGUUGCUUUGGAACCAUUGUGGAAAGAACUAAGUGAAUGUAUUAGUACAAUGGAGACAGAGCUGGCUCAGAGCUCUCGCUCUUCAGUUAUUUCAAAUAUUAACAUUGGGGAGCAGAUACAGGGUUCUUCAUCUUCUUCUCCCCUUCCUCCAGGAACUCAGAGACUCCUGCCUUUUAUUGAGGGUUUCUUUGUUCUCUGCGAGAAACUACAGGCAAACAAUCAAACAGUACAUCAAGAUCAUUCCAGUGUGACAGCAAGAGAGGUUAAAGAGUCUUCUGGGACUUCAGUUUCACUGUAUAUAAAAUCUGGUGCGGAUUCUUACAAAAGGUUUGAUGGUUCUGUCACGUUUGCAAGGUUUGCUGAGAAGCACCGACGCCUUCUUAAUGCUUUUGUGAGGCAGAAUCCUGGCUUGUUAGAAAAAUCUCUCUCUAUGAUGCUGAAAGCUCCACGAUUGAUUGAUUUUGAUAACAAAAAAGCUUAUUUCCGUUCCAGAAUUCGGCAGCAGCAUGAUCAACACGUCUCAAGUCCACUGAGGAUCAGUGUUAGGCGGGCAUAUGUUUUGGAGGAUUCAUAUAACCAACUUCGCAUGCGACCAAAUCAAGAUUUAAAGGGGCGACUGAAUGUGCAUUUUCAAGGUGAAGAGGGUAUUGAUGCUGGCGGUUUGACAAGGGAAUGGUAUCAAGUACUGUCAAGGGUUAUAUUUGACAAAGGGGCUUUGCUCUUUACGACUGUUGGAAACAAUGCAACUUUCCAACCAAAUCCCAAUUCUGUAUACCAAACUGAGCAUCUCUCUUAUUUCAGAUUUGUAGGCCGAGUGGUUGCCAAGGCACUGUUUGAUGGGCAACUGCUGGAUGUGUAUUUUACCCGCUCCUUUUACAAGCACAUCCUUGGCGUUAAGGUGACUUAUCAUGAUAUAGAGGCUGUUGAUCCAGAUUACUACAAAAAUUUGAAAUGGAUGUUGGAGAAUGACGUGAAUGACAUACCUGAUCUGACAUUUAGCAUGGAUGCUGAUGAAGAGAAACUCAUCCUUUAUGAAAAAACAGAGGUUACUGAUUACGAGCUCAUACCGGGAGGAAGAAACAUAAGAGUCACAGAAGAAACAAAGCAUGAAUAUGUAGACCUUGUUGCUGAUCAUAUUCUGACUAAUGCAAUCAGGCCUCAAAUUAAUUCCUUUCUUGAGGGUUUCGAUGAAUUAGUUCCACGGGAACUUAUUUCUAUCUUUAAUGAUAAAGAACUUGAACUGUUAAUCAGCGGACUUCCAGAAAUCGAUUUCGAUGAUCUGAAGUCCAACGCUGAGUAUACUGGUUACACAGCAGCGUCUAAUGUUGUUCAGUGGUUUUGGGAGGUUGUUGAAGGAUUUAACAAGGAAGAUAUGGCAAGAUUGCUGCAAUUUGUAACUGGAACCUCAAAGGUUCCUUUAGAAGGUUUCAAGGCACUGCAAGGCAUUUCUGGUCCCCAGAGAUUUCAGAUUCACAAGGCAUAUGGAGCUCCUGAACGGCUGCCAUCAGCUCAUACCUGCUUCAAUCAACUGGACCUUCCAGAGUAUUCUUCAAAGGAACAGCUUCAAGAACCAUUGCCAUGUACAUGUAAAAGCUUAUGGAUUGGGAUCAAUUGGAAGUAUUACCCGGUAGCAAACUACACAUGA